AUGCGCUUCGUGGUUGAUGACGAUGCGGCUUAUAAAGUGCAAAACGACUACUGCUCAAGGGGCAUUAGCCAAAUCUUCUCUCAAGAUGCGCUAUACAGUCUCGAGUUCGGUUUCGAAAGGAAAGUUCUUCUAACCUCCUUUUUGAACAACGGACAAAAUCGAACAAUGCCACCAAAGGGUGCAAAACCGACCAGUGACGAACUCCUUGCCCAGUUCGACAACCUAGGCAUCGAGUCGUCAGCGGAUCCCUCGACGAAGCCUGCAACCACAACCACCACUGCCGCCCCUACCCAGUCCGAUGAGGAUAUUCUGGCGGAACUGGGGUCCCUAGCAGCCCAGCGCCCUGCAAGCCGGACUGGAACCCCGCGUACAUCACUCGCCGAGCAAAGGACAUCAACAAAAUCGCCCAAACCCGCGACGCCUGCUGGGCCAACGAGCGAGGACAAGCCCGCUCCUCGAAAGUCUGGGGACAGUGCUCAGAACAAUCAAGCUGCAGAUGCGCAGCCUACUUCUAGAAAGGAGCCGCCGGUUGAGGGGAAGGCAUCGUCUAGUGGCGGGGGGAGCUGGUGGGGAGGGAUCUUUGCGACUGCAACGGCAACUGCUUCUGCGGCUAUGAAGCAGGCCGAGGCCGCCGUGAAAGAAAUCCAACAGAACGAAGAGGCUCUGAAGUGGGCUGAGCAGGUGAAAGGGAAUGUUGGCGCGCUGAAAGACUUAGGCGGCGAGCUUCGCAGCAUUGCUAUACCUACGUUUACCUCGCUCAUCCACACAAUCGCACCGCCGAUCUCCUCACACGAACGCCUUCAGAUCCAUGUCACACACGAUCUGUCAGGCUAUCCCAGCCUCGAUCCGCUCGUCUAUGCGGUUUUUUCACGCGUAAUGUCUCAGGUUGAAGGGGGAGAUUUGCUGGUCAUUCAGAGAGGACAGGAAUCCGCCCCGAAGCGUGGGCAAGACAACAGCGCAUCGACCGCAGGCUGGCGUGAUGGCCCCUGGUGGCGAACAGUCACCCCGGGUAACCCCCGCAGCAUCUCAGCCGUGCCCGGGCUUGUAGAGGCAACAAAGCUUUGCCGAGCCAGCGCAGAGGGCUACGCUGCCGAAUACUACGCCUCCAGAGGCGGGGUUGAAGAAGCCGCGAAGCAGGCUACUCAGGUCCUUAGCGAAACCAACCCCGUCCGAAGCAGCGACAUCUUCCUCGCCAUUCAAGCUGUCGCCCAGACGACGUCAACCGCCGACCUCUUCCAGGCCGGCCCGGCAACGGAAAAGGCCGUUCCAGAGGGUGUAGUGGAUGUUCCUGACGCUCCGGAAGAAGAGGUCGCCUUCGCCCUGUACCUUCACGAUCCAAUCCACGGCAUCGCGUUCCAUACCGUAUCACAAGCCGUGCCCCAGAAAUGGAUCAACUGGCUCGACGCGUCCUCAGCCCCUGCACAUAACCCCGACCCUGAAUCUGAUAGCCACGUGCCCCAAGCCGUCGUCCCAGAAGACAUUGCUGAGAUCAUUGAGGGUGGUGGUGUCGACCCUCGUGAAUGGGCAGCUGAGUGGAUUGAGGAAGCAAUCUCGCUUGCUGUUGGCGUCGUCGCGCAGCGCUACGUCGCACGUAGGAUGGGCGUAGGUGAGUCUGCUGCUGCAAAGGGGAAGAUGCGUGCUGAGCAGGCAUCUGUUGUGGAAAGUGGAGCUGGGGAAGCUGCGCGGGCGCUGUGAUGUGACACAUCAC